GGAGGAAGCCGAAGGCAGCGCUGUCACGUCCGGCUCCCAUGCGAAAAGAGGAAGGGACUUCUCCCAGGAAGGGGUCUCUCUGUGGGUCGGAAGUUAGCAGGAAGUGGGGGGGGGGGCAGAAGGAGCCCCUGGAGAAGCGAGAGGUCUCAGAAAGGGAAAGAGGGGCGCCAGUCGACCACGGAUCCCCCCUUCUCCGCUUUGCAUUGCAAGAAAGGAAAUCGGAAUAGCUACGAAGGGAGGCGGAUGGUCAGAGGAGAAAGAGGUUAUGGAGAAGACAGUGUGUCAUCUGUAAUUUCAUUUGGAAAUACGAAGAGACCAUUUAAAUGUGAAUGUGGAAUGUGCUUCAGUCCAUGUGCACAGUUAAUAAACUCACAUCAAUAAACUCACAGAGUGGGGAAACCGUUUAAAGGUAUGGAGUGUGGAAACUUCAUCUCUUACUUUACAUCAUCUAACUCACAUGAGUGAGAAACCCUACAAAUAUAUGCAGUGUGGAUGGAGAUUCAGUAUGAGUAGUCAAGUUACUGUACAUCAAAGGAUUCACGCAACAGAAAAACCAUUUAAAUGUAUAGAGUGUGGAAAGAGCUUCUGUCAUAGCAUAACGCUAAGCAACCAUCAACGGACUCACACAGGGGAGAAACCAUUUAAAUGUAUGGAGUGUGGAAAAAGCUUCCGUAAGAGUUUAUCACUUAAUAGACAUCAUCAAACUCACAUGGGUGAAAAACCCUACAAAUGUAUGCAGUGUGGAAAGAGCUUCACACAUAAUGGAAACCUUAGCAACCAUCAACGGACCCACACAGAGGAGAAACCAUUUAAAUGUAUGGACUGCGGAAAGAGAUUCACACAUAAUGGAAUCCUUAGCAACCAUCAGCGGACCCACACAGGGGAGAAACCAUUUAAAUGUAUGGACUGCGGAAAGAGCUUCAGACAUAAUGGAAACCUUAGCAAACAUCUACAGACUCAUACAGGGGGGGAACCAUUUAAAUGUAUCGAAUGUGGAAAGAGCUUCACACAUAAUGGAAACCUUAGACAACAUCUACAGGCUCAUACAAGGAAGAAACCAUGUAAAUGUAUUGAAUGUGGAAAGAGCUUCAACAGUGGUAGAAAUCUUAGACAGCAUCAAUGGACUCACACAGGGGAGAACCCAUUUAAAUGUAUGGUCUGCGGAAAGAGCUUCACACAUAAUGGAAGCCUUAGACAACAUCUACGGAUUCACACAGGGGAGAACCCAUUUCAAUGUAUGGACUGCGGAAAGAGCUUCACACAUAAUGGAAGCCUUAGACAACAUCUACAGACUCACACAGGGAAGAAACCAUAUGAAUGUAUGGAAUGUGGAAAGAGCUUUCGUUCAAGUGAUCAUCUGACUUUACAUCAUAGAACUCACACAGGGGAGAAACCAUUUAAAUGUAUGGACUGUGGAAAGAGCUUCACACAUAAUGGAAACCUUAGAAAACAUUUACGGAGUCACACAGGAGAGAAACCAUUUAAAUGUAUGGAGUGUGGAAAAAGUUUCAGUCAGAGUUCAUCACUUAAUAGACAUCAUCAAACUCACACGGGUGAGAGACCUUGUAAAUGUUUGCAAUGUGGAAAAAGCUUUCGUUCAGGUGAUCGUCUGACUUUACAUCAUCGAACGCACACAGGGGAGAAACCAUUUAAAUGUAUGGAGUGUGGAAAGAGCUUCAGUCAAAAGGGAACUCUAAGACUACAUCAUCGAACGCACACAGGGGAGAAACCAUUUAAAUGUAUGGAGUGUGGAAAGAGCUUCAGUCAAAAGGGAACUCUAAGACUACAUCAACAGACUUGCACAGGGGGGAAAACCAUUUAA